AAGCAGCAAGGCACAGUACAAAUAAAUUACUAAGAUGUCAUCGCAAGUGAACCAGCAGUUUGAAAUGCAAGCUUUGAAUCAGAUGGACCCUUCACCUUAUCAAUGCAUUUCUCCCUCUGAGCAUCCCAUUUAUUCCUCUAAUGUUCCUUCUGCCAACCCAGCAUGGAACAUCUGCAAUGGAGCACCAAUUACUUCCAUGAAGUCUCAACAGUGGAACAUUUAUCCUGCUGCUACAAUACCUUCUAUGGCUCAGUCUCAAAAUGUCCUUCCUGGAAGUGUUAUGCCUCACCUAAAGUGUAAACCAAAAGUAAUGGGGAUACAAGGCUCCCUCUGCUUGAGCAUCUUGAUAUGCGUUUUCUCUGUUGCUGGAUUGUCACUGAACAUUGUGGAUUACUUGGCUUAUUAUUUUUGCUAUAGUUCCCAUUCUUACUACUGUAGUAGUUUAAUUGUUGGAAGCCAGGUUCUUUGUGGAUUGUUCAUUCUAACAUAUCUGCUGCAGUUCGCUGUCUCUGUUAGUCUUUCUGUAUUUGCUUUCCGGGUCCAGGAGCACUUAAAUUCAACACCACCCACUCAGGUAUUUGUGAUACAGAUUGGUGGUGAAGUUCUGCAAGCAUCCCCCGUUCCUGGAUCCUAUCCUACCUACCCUUCAAAACAACCACCUUCUUACAUGACAAAAAGUGUGAUGCGUGUUGGAGCAACAGCAUACCAGAAUCCCUCAUCCUAAAGAAACAUGACUUUAUUUAAAGUUUCACUACCCCUUCCUCCUCAUAUAUAAAAUUUGUAAUUUAUUUAGAUGCUGCCCAUUUGUAAAGGAAAUAAGUUACCAUGGGGAAAAAUGAGGAUAAUUGAAAUACUGAAAAUAUAAUUCAAAGCAAUAAUCUGUUGUAAAAAAUGUGGAGAAAUCUAUAGCUAGAGAAGAAUUCUUUGUCUAUGUUGCAUUUAUUUUAGAAAACUUGCAUUCAAUAAAAAUAGUUACUUGUUUUAA